CUCGUCGUUUUCCUCCACGUUCCCCCCUCCGCCGUAUCCCCGCGUUUCGCCAUCGUUAAGAGCGGGAUCUCCCCGGUGGCCGGAGCCAACUCCCGGCCGCGCCGUAUCCUCUCGUUCCUUUCUUCCUCUGUAGCCUUCGUGGAGCCAUGGACGACGAGAUGGUGGAAGCCGUUCAGGGGGUAUUCGUCUGCUUCGAGGUCGAUCUCGAUUACGAGUUCGACGCGCCGAGGUACUUCGACUUAGGACGGGAGGAGACGCCGGCGGAGGCUUGGGCUGCGGAGCUAUGGUUCGAUACCGCCGGGAGCUACCCUCCCUCUCCUCUGAUAGUGAAGUUAUUUUUGGGAAAAGAUAUACACAUAGCAGCUACAAGUACCAAUUCAGAUCAUAAAGAUUUGGAUUAUAAAAAUCCGGAUGGUUCUCAUGCAGAUUCUGCUGCGCCUGAAUUUAUGGUUAAUGACAUUGAUAGAGGACAUACAUUCCACAAUUCUAUGCUGCAAGGUGUAUCAAAACUUGACCAUAAAUCUACUUUUAAGAAUCCUUUCUCAAAAAGAUCAACUUUGAUGAAGCCUACUGCAAGUCAAUUGGCCAAACAAAACCGAGCACGUGAAGUGACGUCAGUCAGCAGGUUGCAGAAACAGUUACAAGUUAAAAAAGAAAAAAGAUCUGAAGAUUCAAAUAAUUAUACUCUUCAAGCUACCAAAAGGCAGAGAUUGGAGAAAGGACAUUGCUGCAAGGGAAAUGGUGUCAAGCAGCAAAUCGACUUGUUUCACAAAGUCCCAGGAAAGCAAAAUGGACUUGCUGAUGCCAAUAACCAGCUUCAUAGACUGAAGCUUACGAUACCAAGGGAACCUGAGUUAGAAACUGCAAGAAGGGCACUUAGUUCAAGAGUUCAACAACAAAGGUUGGAUGAUGCUAAAUGUCUUGUCGAAGGAAUGGCACAGACUACUUCCACAUUCAAAGCACGUCCUCUAAAUAGAAAAAUUCUUGAGGCUCCAUCUCUGCCCCUUCCUCAAAAGAGCACCCCUAGAUUGCCCAAAUUUAAAGAAUUCAAUUUUAGAACUCAUGACAGGGCUCUACUACACAGCACAACUUCAUCAUCAUUGAUUUCAAGCAGUCAUAUUCCUGCUGCUAGGAAAAGUUCAGUACGGAUACGAUAUCAGAGUUCUGGUCACCAGCAACUGCAUAUUGGGGAUAAGCGGACUGCUGAAAGUAAAGACAUGCCAGCAGAACUCAGAGCUCAAACAUUAAAUCAAAAGAUUUUUGAAAGAAAUGGAGAUGAGGUUUUUCAAACCACCAAGUGGGAAAUAACAGUACCCAAGGAAUUCAACUUUUCAACAACAGAAAAGCUUCAGCAGACUCCACUAACUGAACAUUUUAACAAGCUCUCCUUGACUUCCGAAGCACAAAAACCUACUGCUCUGCCAGAGUUCCCGAGGCCAAGUCAUCUAGAUACUAAGGACUCGAAAGAAAACUUGAUCAAUGGUGUACAGAAAUAGCAAUGAGGAAAUAUGUAAUCAGUGGAGAAACUUAAGAGCCUGGAGAAGCAUAUUUGUCAUCACAUUGAAGUAAUGCAUCGAUCCCUUUGCAGGAGCCGCGGCAUUUUUGGUAAUAGGACAAGGGGAUAGCUGAAUUUGUACAGGUUUUAUUUGAUUUUUUUCAAGAGUUUGGAGUACUGCAUUUGAAGAUGGACUUACACAUCCACUCCCGGUAUAAAGAAAUCGGGAGUUGACUCAGCAAACAUAUGGCUUUGCUGUUCUGCCAUAUAGUUUUGGUUAGGCAGUCUCUUCAGCUCUUCUCUUUACUGAACCAUACCAUGCAAAGAAGUUAGAGUUUACAUAAUUCUCAAACAGCUCAGGAAGCACAGAAUUAGAGAAGCGCAAUUAGAUGGUGUCGUCGACCAGAGGAAAAACAGGUCAGAACUGUACAAAAAGCUGCUGUAAUGGUUUCCUUCUUUUUAUUUUUUUUUGACAUUCAUGUGUCAUACCAAAAGCUUCGAGCUGAGAUGUUUAAUGUUGAGAGCUUCCUUUCUUCGUAUAAAUUGAGCAGUUUCCUCUC